AUUAACAAAUUCACAAAACAAACAAAAUAACUACACCACCAAAACCCUAAAUUCCCUUUUCUCAUUUUCUCUCUCAAAAUCCACAAGGAUAAGAAGUUAAAUUAAUAAAUCGAGAGAAAAAAAAAAUCCGAAGGCAAACGCUUUCACUUUCGUAUCUCUAGAAAACCCUGUUGCUUCGUACAUUUGUUUUUAUUCUUUUACGAUGUUUUCUUCGUUUUAGUUUUUCUUUAUUUUGUUCGUUUUGUUUCAGGAAGCAGAAUCUGGCGUCGGGAGGCAGAUUGAGUUCUUGGGUCUUUUAGUUGUUGUGUUGUUUUGGUGGCUUUUCUGUUGUUUGUUUAUGUAUGUCUAAUGGUGGCUUUUGUGUUGUGAAAUUUAGGGUUUCACACAUUUCUCGUUCUUCUUUUGUGAGCCUUUUGUUCUCUUAAGGGACUGCCAAUUGAACAAUCUUGUAAGAUUGUCAAAGUGAUUUUAGUUGGAAAGAUGUCAUCGAAAUACCCAAUUCUUGAAAAUCGGCCAAUAGAUCAGUGGAAGGUUACAGAGUUAAAGGAAGAGCUUAAGAGACGGAAAUUGACUACGAAAGGUUUGAAGGAUGAUUUGAUAAAACGCUUAGAUGAAGCACUUCGAAUUGAUAGGGAAAAUAAUGCAAAAGAUGUGAUUACUGGUAUUGACUUGGAUAACCAGCCUGUUGAUGGUAUUGAAGGUUCUGAAGCUGUGCCAGUUGUUACUGGAAAAGCUGAAGUUGUCACGAAAUUUGUUGCUGAAAAAAUUGAGGAUGUGGGUGAUGUUAAGGUUAAGGUUCAGGUUGAUAUCAAUAAUAGUGCUGAAGUCACUGGCGAAGAACCUAGGGAAAAUGUCGUAGUGAGUGGUAAUGAUUCUUCUAGGGUUGAAGGGGAGCUUGCUGUUCCUGCGGCUACUUUGCAAACCAGCUUUGAAGUUUCUGAGGAUGUGGCAUCUGAAGUAACAUUGGGUGGGCAGGAUGCAAAAAAUUCUGAAACACAUGAAGAGAAUGGGGAUUUGAAGUCUCAGCUGGACAAUGAGGGUUCCAAGCCUCAGCUGGACAAUGAUGAUUCAAAAUCCCAGAUGGACAGUGAGGCUUCCAAGCCUGAGGUGAAUGAUGGGGGUUCCAAGGCUGAGUUGGAUGAUGAGGGUUCCAAGCCUCAGCUGGACACUGAUGUUUCAAAAUCCCAGCUGGACAAUGAGGAUCCAAAGCCCCUAUUGGAGAAUGAGGGUUUGAGGUCUCCACACGAGGAUGUAAUGCAUGACUCUUCUACUCCAAACAACCAGGUAUCUGAGGUCAGCCCUAAUUUAGGGUUUCAAGUAAAAUCUGAUUCUAUUUCUACUGAUUCUGUGUCAAUUAAUGAAAAGACUGAACUAAAGGAUAAUAUAAUUACUGACAAUGUCAAACUAGAACUAGAUGUUAAGCCAGAAAUGGUGGAGGAAUCAUCCAAUAAUAUUGUACCAGUUGGUGGCGAAUCACAUCCAAUGGAUGUUGAAGAGCCACAAGAGAAGAAGGCAUCUGUUGAAGAGAAAGACGACAGCAAUGCUACAAAUGCGGAUAUAAGCAAGAAAAAUGAUGUUGUAGAUGUGGGGUACUCGGAAAAGUUAAAUUUAGACAGAAGUUCCGGUGAUGACUCUAUGGAGGAAGAUGUUCUAGAGAGUAAGCAAAUUGACUCAAAGUAUAACUCUGAUGAUAUUGAAAUUAAAAGUGAGAAAAGUGAAAUGGAUGUUGUGAAAGAGGAAAAUCUUAUUGAUGAUGUGGGGAACAACUUGUCUAUUGAUGAAAAGGAAAUGGGUGCGGAAAGUAAAACUCGUCCAGCUGUGCCUGCUGAGAAAAGAAAGCUUAAUGAUCAAGCUGUUGGAAGCACUGAGCCGGUAAAGAGGCAACGCAGAUGGAAUUCUGAAAGUGUCAAGGUAGUUGAACCACAAAGCUCUAAUCUAGCUCCUACCACCACACCAAAAAAUGUUCUUCAGCCUGCUCUUUCAAGACGCAACCUCUCUCGAUCUGACUCUUCAGUUAGCAAUGAGAAUACUCCAAAAGAACGUAUUGUUCCACCAUCGCAAAGACCUCCAACUGAUUCCCUCAGAAUAGAUAAUUUUCUGCGUCCUUUCACACUGAAAGCUGUUCAAGUGCUUCUAGGAAACACUGGCAAUGUUACCAGUUUCUGGAUGGACCAAAUCAAAACCCACUGCUACGUGAGCUAUUCAUCCAUGGAAGAAGCCAUAGAGACACGAAAUGCGGUGUAUAACCUACAAUGGCCUCCAAAUGGUGGGAAACUUUUAGUGGCCGAGUUCGUUGAUCCCCAGGAAGUGAAAAUGAAAGUGGAGGCUCCUCAGUCUCCAGCUGCACCAACUCCUGGUGCUUUUGCUGCUCCAUCUUCGCAACCUCAGCCUUCUCCUCGUCUGCAUGUUUCUAGGCAGCAACUUCCCCCCCCACCACCUCUUCCACCUCCACCACCUCUAUCUAACCCACCCCCAGCCAAAGAACGGCUUGGCCAUCCACCACCGACUCCACUUCCAGAGAAACAUGAUCCUCCUAUUGUCACUCUGGAUGACCUCUUCCGGAAAACCAGAGCAACUCCUCGAAUCUACUAUCUUCCCUUGUCAGAAGAACAAGUUGCAGCAAAGCUUACAGAAAGGGGAAAAAAUGCCAAGCAGUCUGCAGGUUUUGCUUGUAGAAGGAAUUGUUCCAGCCAAGCAGAGAGAUGUGAUUCGUUGAUGGAUUGGGAUUUUCCGAAGACUGCCUCUUGUUAAAGGCUUAAGUUCUUUUUAGUGCUAGAAAACGUUUGAACCAAGAGCUCUGUAUAUCAUGUUUCUUUUUUUUUUUGUUCUGUUGGAACAAGAAAUCCAUUGUGCGUCAUGUUUUCACAUGAAUUUUAACUCUGGAAGCAAAACUUAAGUGGUGGAAUUUUACUUUAA